AUGAACGUAUUCGGCAGCUUGCUCGGCGCCGCGUCGCGCAGGGCCGCCGCCGCGCCGUCGAGCGCGACCAGCCUGCGUGGCGCACUCCGGAACGCGGAUGGCCAGCUGAGGACAGGCUGGCUAGCGCGCAGAGCCUGCUACUCUACCCUGCUCCCGCCAAAUCCCUGGAACAACGCCAUCGCCCGGAUGGACGCAGCCGACGACCAGGGCGCUGGCGCGUCAUCGUCCGCCCCGCCCUCGAGCUCGGGCUCGUCAGGAGACAGCUCCGACAGCUCUGACGGCGGCAACAACUCCUCCGCCUCAGACUCGGCACCACCACCUCCGCCAUCAUCUUCAGAGUCUCCGCCGCCAUCCGGUGCACCAACGUCUAUUCAAAGACAGUCUGUACCGGAAGUCUACCCUCAGGUCCUCGCACUACCUAUCGCACGGCGUCCACUAUUCCCAGGCUUCUACAAGGCUGUCGUCGUACGCGACCCGCAAGUCGUAGCGGCUAUCAAGGAGAUGAUGAAGCGCGGCCAACCUUAUCUCGGUGCAUUCUUACUCAAGGACGACCAAACGGACUCGGACGUUAUCACCGACCUCGACUCGGUACACCCUGUCGGCGUAUUCGCACAGAUCACCAGCGUAUUCUCGGCCAAUUCGGGUGCUGGAACGGCUACGGGAGCAGGCAAGGAGGACGACAAGUCCGGCCAGCCUCAGCAGGAAGGUCUCACGGCGGUUCUGUACCCUCAUCGGCGCAUUCGGAUUACGGAUUUGGUCAAGGCGGGCGGCAAGGGACCGGCUAUGGUCAAGGUUGAGAGCGCUGAGCAACCUGCGGCUGAGGACGGUCAAGUCCCGACGCCGCCUGCGACGCCUGAACCGGAAAACACCGACUCGUUACAUCCAGCUCCUCUACAGACCUCGUUCUUGCACAAGCAUGAUAUCUCCAUCGUCAACAUCGAGAAUCUGCCGACGCAACCUUACAACAAGGACGACCAGUACAUCCGCGCAUUCAUGGCCGAGAUCGUCACCGUCUUCAAGGACAUCGCGCAAUUGAACCCGCUCUUCCGCGACCAGAUCACGAACUUCUCGAUCAACCAGGUCGCGUCGAACGUCUUUGACGAACCGGACAAGCUCGCCGAUUUCGCCGCGGCCGUGUCUGCUGGCGAGGUUCGCGAGUUGCAGGACGUGUUGGAAGCUCUGAGCGUCGAGGACCGAUUGCGCAAGGCUCUGCUGGUCCUCAAGAAGGAAUUGAUCAACGCCCAACUGCAGUCCAAGCUCAGCCGGGAUGUCGACUCGAAGAUCGCAAAACGCCAACGGGAGUACUACCUCAUGGAGCAGCUCAAGAACAUCAAGAAAGAGCUGGGUAUCGAGAGCGACGGCAAAGACAGGCUCAUCGAGAAACUCCGCGAGCGCGCCGCACAGCUCAAGAUGCCCGAGCCCGUACGCAAGGUCUUCGACGAGGAGCUUGCGAAGCUGCAAGGUCUCGAACCUGCCGCGUCCGAGGCGAACGUGACGAGGAACUACCUCGACUGGCUCACGCAGAUCCCAUGGGGCGUGCAUACUCCGGAGAACUACAGCAUCGCGCAUGCGGUCAAGGUGCUCGACGAGGACCACUACGGCUUGAAGGACGUCAAGGACCGCAUCCUGGAGUUCCUGGCCGUCGGCAAACUUCGCGGGAGCGUACAGGGCAAGAUCAUCUGUCUCUCGGGCCCGCCGGGCGUGGGAAAGACGUCUAUCGGGAAGAGCAUCGCGCGCGCUUUGAACAGGCAGUUCUUCCGCUUCUCGGUUGGAGGCUUGACGGACGUCGCGGAGAUUAAGGGACAUAGGAGGACGUAUGUUGGCGCGCUGCCGGGCAAGAUUAUUCAGGCGCUCAAGAGGUGUGGGACAGAGAAUCCGCUUGUGCUCAUCGACGAGGUCGACAAGGUUGGGCGUGGAUACAAUGGCGAUCCGAGCUCUGCAUUGCUCGAGAUGCUCGACCCGGAGCAGAACACGGCGUUUCUGGACCACUACAUGGAUGUCCCCGUCGAUCUCUCGCGUGUCCUUUUCGUCUGCACCGCCAACGUGCUUGACACCAUCCCGGCCCCAUUACUCGACCGCAUGGAAGUAAUUGAGGUCUCUGGAUACGUCAGCGAAGAGAAGGCUCAGAUCGCGGCGCGCUACCUCGCGCCGCAGGCCAAGGAGGCGAGCGGUCUGGCUGAUGCGGACAUUGAGCUCGAGACUGCUGCGGUCGAAGUGCUCAUCAAGGACUACUGCCGUGAGAGCGGUGUCCGUAACCUCAAGAAGCAUAUUGAGAAGAUCUACCGCAAGGCCAGCUUGAAUAUCGUACGCGACCUCGGCGAAGAUGUCCUUCCCGAAGCCGCCGCACAACCCGAGACCGCGACCGCUGAAGACGCCGAGUCUGCCGCAGCGGAGCACAAGCCGCCUCCGGAGACCGCGCACCACGUCGAAGACUCUAUCCCGAAGCAAGACGAGGCAGAGGACCCCUCCGUGACGUCCGCGGCGCGCCAGCCGCUCAAGGUGCCCGACACCGUCCACGUUCGCAUCACACCGGAGAACUUGAAGCAGUAUGUCGGCCCGCCCGUGUACUUCCGCGACAGGCUAUACCCGCGUCAGCCUCCUGCUGGCGUCUCGACUGGCCUUGGCUACCUCGGCAACGGCUCAGGCGCGACGAUGCCCAUUGAAGCUACGAGCAUGCCCGGCAAGGGCUCACUGCAGCUCACCGGCAAACUUGGCGAGGUUAUCCGCGAGAGCGCACAGAUCGCUCUGAGCUGGACCAAGGCGCACGCCGUAGAGCUCGGCAUCGCGACGGAUGAGAAGAGCCCGCUGUUCGGUGACCGUGAUAUUCACGUUCAUAUGCCUGAAGGGUCUAUCGGGAAGGAGGGACCUUCGGCCGGGACAGCGCUACUCAGCGCGUUCGUAUCUCUGUUCACGCGUACGCCGGUCAGCCCCGAUAUUGCUAUGACGGGCGAGAUCUCGCUUGGCGGACAGGUGUUGCCUGUGGGUGGACUGAAGGAGAAGAUCCUCGCUGCGCACAGGGCUGGUAUCAAGCUCGUGCUCGCACCCGCGGCGAACAGGGCAGAUAUCGAGGAGAACGUACCGCAGAGCGUAAAGGAGGGUAUCCGCUUCGUUUAUGUGGAGGACGUGAGGGAGGUGCUGCACGAGGUGUUCAAGGACACGGAGGCAGAGAAGAAGUGGCGGGAGACGUUACCUUUGCCCGAGGCGUGA